AUGGUUGGAGCAAUUUUUACGGCCGGUAACGUCUCCUCCUUGCGCGUCAUCGCUUCGGUGGUCGCCCACACCAGUUCUAACGGCCGCACAAGCGGUCUUGAAGGGGACCGCCAUCACUGUGGUGACGCUCUCCCGUUCUGCGCCGUUUCAUUUAUCAUGCAGACCCACAAUAAAUUGAUUGCGUUCACGGUGAUUACCUCGUCUGCGCUGUUCAUCACCGAGGUCUUCCUCUUCUGCUACAUGGGGUUGCGAUGCACUCAGAGCGCCUACAAGAUAUACUCACACCAGGCUUGGCUCGGGCGGGUUUUCGUCUUGCCGUGUGCCUCGCCUCUUCUUGUUGGAGGCCGCCACGUCACAUUGCCGGAUCUGGCGCUUAGUUCUUGCGACAAAAGUAUUCCGGCAUCUUAG